AUGUCGACACCUGGUAACGAUCUUGGCAUUCAGAAGAAGGAUCUGUCGCUGAUUGAAGAGCAAGCCAGAGCAGAUGCUACUGCUGCUGGUAUGGACGACGAUGCUACUCAGUACCACAUACGGUUGGCCAUUGACCAUGCCAGAGAUUACAACGACCUCUUUGACGCCUUGUCAACUCGGGCUGAGGCUGGUUCUGUACGCCCUCAGGCUCCAGUUAUCGACCGUGGCCACAAGGAGGAACUUCGUGUCAACCUGCAAAUGCCUGAACGAUACAAUGGUACCACCGACUUUGCCGCAUGGUUGAGACGCUAUGAGAACACUGCUAAUGCUGCCGGUUGGACUUCGGCUACGAAGGCUUCUCGCUUAGGAAUGUACCUUACCGAUGAGUUCUACGAGAUGUGGGAUCAGUACGCCCCUAAGCAGACCUUCGAGGAGGACGGUCGGAUCAUGCUGCAGAUGCUGGCUCGUCGUCCAGCGGAUGCUCUCUUGGACAACUUUCAUGAUCUUCGGUGGGCUCCUGGUACUAACGUCGGUACGUUCUUGGCACGUGCUCGACGUAUGUUGACCGAAUACAAUAAGAAGUUAACUGAUGAUAAGAAGCUCUCUAACGCUUCCCUCGACCAGAUGAUCCUCAACAAGUUGAUCGCCUUGGCCCCAGCUUCAGCGAAGGCGGAGCUGAGACGACGUCAGCCUACCCGCAUUUCCCUAGCGGGCCCGGGCCGUUAG